CGCGGCCGACGAUGGACCCUGCCGAAGUGGAGUUCUUGGCCGAGCAGGAGCUGGUCACCGUCAUCCCCAACUUCAGCUUGGACCGCAUUUACCUCAUCGGGGGUGACUUGGGUCCCUUUAAUCCUGGUCUGCCUGUGCAAGUUCCUCUGUGGCUGGCUAUCAACCUAAAGCAGAGACAGAAGUGUCGACUGAUAGCUCCAGAAUGGAUGGAUGUCGAAAAGCUGGAACAAAUCCGGGACCAGGAACGCAAAGAAGACACUUUCACCCCCAUGCCAAGCCCUUACUACAUGGAAUUAACCAAGCUACUGCUAAACUAUGCUGUAGACAAUAUUCCAAAAGCAGAUGAAAUCCGAACGUUAGUUAAGGAUACCUGGGACACUCGAAUUGCAAAGCUCCGGUUGUCUGCAGAUAGCUUUGUUAGGCAGCAGGAAGCCCAUGCCAGGCUGGAUAAUCUGACUCUGAUGGAGAUCAACACCACUGGGGCUUUCCUUACCCAAGCUUUAGAUCACAUGUACAAGCUACGUACAAAUCUCCAGCCUGGAGAGAGUGCCCAGUCCCAGGACUUUUGA